AAUGACUUAGAUUUGGAAUCCUUUCUCUUCGGCUGAAGAAAAUGGGCCACACAAAAUUGUGCACGGACGUACCCAUUUCUCGCCAAACACAGUCAGAUUGCCCAAAUCCAAGCCCAUCCACCUAUUCCCAUGCCUGCAUCAACUCACUGAUUAUACACAAUCAAUCCUUCUCAAUUUCAGCUUCUCUAUUACAUGCCAUUGCCACUGGCAGCUGCAAAUUCAAUUCGGAAGUAGUAACCAUUUUCUUCUUCUCACCUGCAAAAAUGGCGUCCGAAUCCGACCACAAGGCUACAAUCAUCGACGGCAAAAAGAUUGCACAAACUGUCAGAUCUGAAAUCACGGAGGAAGUGAACAAACUCUCUCAGAAAUAUGGAAAGAUUCCAGGACUGGCGGUGGUGAUUGUGGGGAAUAGAAAAGAUUCGCUUACCUAUGUAAAUAUGAAGAGGAAGGCGUGCCUGGAAGUAGGGAUCAAGUCUUUUGAGAUUGAUCUUCCUGAGCAAGUGUCUGAGGCUGAAUUGAUCAGCAAAGUUCACGAGCUUAAUGCCAAUCCUGAAGUGCAUGGGAUAUUGGUUCAGCUUCCUUUGCCGAACCACAUAAAUGAAGAGAAAGUUCUAUCUGAAAUUAGCAUUGAGAAGGAUGUAGAUGGCUUUCAUCCUCUGAACAUUGGGAAGCUUGCAAUGAAAGGCAGAGAUCCCUUGUUCCUACCUUGCACUCCGAAGGGGUGUAUUGAACUGCUAUCGCGAAGUGGAAUAAGCAUCAGAGGCAAGAAAGCAGUUGUAAUGGGGCGAAGCAACAUUGUUGGAUUACCAGUUUCAUUGUUGCUUCUUAAAGCAGAUGCAACUGUGACAAUCGUCCAUUCACGUUCCGUCGAUCCAGAAAGUGUUAUCCGCGAAGCAGACAUUAUAAUUGCUGCAGCAGGACAGGCACAAAUGAUCAAGGGGAGUUGGAUUAAACCAGGUGCUGCAGUUAUCGAUGUCGGUACAAAUGCAGUUGAUGAUCCAACCAAGAAGUCAGGCUACCGGCUGGUCGGUGAUGUAGAUUUCCAGGAAGCUUGUAAAGUAGCUGGUUGGAUAACUCCGGUUCCGGGUGGCGUAGGUCCUAUGACCGUUGCCAUGCUGCUUAGGAAUACUCUGGAUGGGGCUAAGCGUGUGAUCGAGCAGUGAAAAAGAUACAGCCAGCUUGUUACCGAUCCUCGUGGGACUUUUUCGGAGUAAUUUCAAAAUAAAUGGUUCGUUUGUUUUGUGCUAUCUUUUUUUUGUACUAAUAAUAGUUGAUUUUUCAUUGAAAAUAAUGGAGUAAUUAAAAUCAAAUCAUAACACCCCAAUCUUGAAAAAUCUAA